AUGAGCUUCUAAACAACUGAUUCCAAGAAGGAAGAAUUUAGAAAAUACUUAGAAAAGGCUGGCGUUAUUGAUCAGUUAACAAGGGUUCUAGUAGGAUUGUAUGAAGAACCAGAAAAACCUAACAAUGCUAUUGACUAUGUGAAAAAGUACUUGGGAUCGCCUGUUGAUAUUGAUGUUGACAAACUCAAAUUAGAAUAUGAGAAACUUAAGGAUGAGAAUAUUAGAUUGAAGAGGGAAGUUGCUGAUUUAAAAAAAGAACUAUAAGCAGCCCAAUAAGAACAGAAUUGA